CAAGCAGAUGUAUAUUGCAACAAACCCGCAGGCUUUAGUAAACCGGGUCUCCCACAUGUGGGUCAGAGGAUUCAGAGAGGAGGGGGGUGACAGCGAGAAGUGUGUGGUUCAAACUUUAACCGCGUGCCAGUCAGGACGCCGUGAAUGACAGCAAGCAAGAGUUGUUUGUUUUUUAUUUUUUCCUUUUUAACGCUGUCUUAACUGCGCUUUUCCUCCCUCUUUUGGUCAUUUUCCUACAUGUGCGUGAUUCAGCGCGUUACCAAUGAGCGCAAGUCGCGGCUUGCGUGAGCUUCAUCAUCAUCAUCAUCUUCAGCAGCGGAGGAGGAAGAAGAAAACCUUUUAAAGUCGGAUUAUUAUCGAGCUGCGACGGAUUUCUGCGUCCUCCCGUUUUAUUUUGAAGGCAGACACCAUGACUUCGGUAUGGAAAAGACUGCAGCGAGUCGGUAAAAAGGCUUCAAAGUUUCAGUUCGUCGCGUCUUACCAGGAAAUAGUUUUGGAGUGUACAAAGAAAUGGCAACCAGACAAGCUGAGGGUGGUGUGGACCAGGAGGAACAGACGCAUGUGUUCCAAGCUCCACAGUUGGCAGCCUGGGAUCAAGAACCCGUACGUGGGCAUGGUGGUGUGGCCCGUCCCGGAAAACAUUGACAUCUCUGUCACUCUCUUCAAGGAUGCCAAUGCAGAGGAGUUUGAGGAUAAAGAGUGGACCUUUGUCAUUGAGGGUGAGAACAAGGGUCACCGGAAAGUGCUGGCAUCGGCUGACAUCAACUUGAAACGCUUCGCCAGUCCCACGCCCACCCAGACCGACCUGACCCUGCAGCUCAAGCCGCUGUCCGUCAAAGUGGUCCAGGCCUCGCUCAAGCUGUCGCUGUCCUGUGUCUUUGUCCGCGAGGGAAAAGCCACGGAUGAAGACAUGCAGAGUCUUGCCAGUCUGAUGAGCGUUAAACCAGCAGAUAUCGGCAACUUGGACGACUUCAACGAGAGCGACGAAGAGGAGGAGAAGAAGUCUGUGACUGCUUCAGUUGUUCCACACACUCUCACUCGGCCUAAUCGCCCCGCUCCCCCUCCGCCUGACAAGCGAAACUCUACUGGAGCCUCGCUUCCAGCCACAGCUCCUUCUUCAUACCAGCGGCGCCUCCCAGAGGCCCGGCCAGCAGAUGACCCUGCCUCGCUCUCUGGCCGUUCUCAUGUUUUCAAACCUCAGAUUGUCAAGUCCAUCCCUCGUCCCACGUCUCCCUCUCCUUUCUCUGCUGCCGCUCCUCUUGUGUCAACGCCUCCUCCUCCCAAAUCUCACACUCCACAGUCAGGCGCUCAAGCAGCGUGGUUGCCAUCUGGCUCAGCUCCAGCAGGGGGCGACAUCUCCCCAGUCCCUCUCUUAAGCAGUCCUGAUCUGGAUGCUCUGUGUGAUCCAGAGGCUCCUGCCUCCAUCCCCUGCUCCUCCCACCCCCACUCCUCCUUCCUCUCCUCCACUGUCACUGUCUCUCCUCCCUCUGGUCCUCCUGUUCACAUCAGCUCCUCUCUCUCAGGUUCUACGUACCCCAUCAUUGAAGAAACAACUGAAACAGCCAAAGAGACAACCCAAAGCGCUCCGAGUCAAGGACUUCAAAACGACCAGACAGCCGCAAACAGCAGAAAAUCCAACCAGUCAGUCGGAGCAGGACUCAAUUCACAUGCAGGCGCCACAGAAAACAAAGCGGGACCAAAAAGAAUCAGAGAAGAUGCUGCAGAAGAGGACACCCCUGUGAAGCCAGCGAAAGACUUGAAAGAUUCAGAGGGAAAGCCAAACGUCCCACCGACUGCUCAGCCCGGCGCACCGCCAGUCAAAGAGGAGCCCAAAGAGCCAACGGGACCCGUUGUGGAACCAGCAACCUCACGCGAGGCUUCCCUCAAACCCGGCGGCGCAUUCCCCACUUUGGCACUCGAGCCUCUGUCGCCCUCAAAACCAGAACCAGGACUGCGGCAGGAACCAGAACCCCAGCCGUCAGGGAAAGCACCGCAGGAGGGAGCAGAUGAGGAGAGACCGGCCGAUGCCGUGGCUGGCGGUCAGGAGACUCGCAUCAACAACAAGGAACCGGCGUGCGAGGCAGAGCGGCAGCUGUGGGCCGCUGUGGAGGAGACCACCGCAGAGACCGGAGCGGAAAGACGGACGGAAAGUAGUGCGAGCGCCGAAGAGAAGGGGGAGAAGCAGAAAGACGAGACGGAGGAUGAGAAGGAGGGUGUGAUAGGGGGACGAAAACGGCAGCAGAAUAAGGUCAAUGAUGACAGAGAGAGGAAACCAUCAACCGAGCCUGAGAGCAGCUCCAUGUCUCCUUAUCACUGUGAAAUGAAGGCAUCUCGACUCCCUACCCUAACAGAAGAAGAAACUCCAGCUUCGGUCCGGGAGGAGGCCGAUGGGAAGGAAAACACGAGGGAGGAUCUGGUGAACUCCAGCCAGUCGCUGCUCCAGUGGUGUCAGUCCAUCACCAACGAGUACAAGGGAGUGAAGGUCACCAACUUCAGCACGUCCUGGAGAAACGGCCUCGCUUUCUGUGCCAUCCUGCACCACUUCCAUCCAGAAAAAAUAGAUUUUGACAAGUUGGAUUCUCAUGACAUCAAACUCAAUAAUAAAAAGGCGUUUGAUGGCUUUGAGGCUCUGGGAAUCUCUCGUCUGUUGGAGCCCUCCGACAUGGUCCUGCUGUCCGUCCCCGACCGGCUCAUCGUCAUGACCUACCUCAGCCAGAUCCACUCGCACUUCACCAACCAGGAGCUGAGCGUGCUGCAGAUCGAGCACAACAGCAGCCAGUCCAGUUACGGCCUGGCCCUCUCCGGCCCCGCCCCCAAUAAGGUCGACGCUGCCGCCUUCUGCAUGGCCAGACUGAACGACGGAGUGAGUCUCGAAGAGGGAGGGAGCAGCACUUUGGUCGUCCCACCCCCGAGAACCAAAAGACCAGUUAAAGGUGAUGAGUGUGUGACUCCAGUCCCGCCUCCACGGUCAGCUGCCAAGACGGUCAGAUCUGGUACUACUCAGGAUGAAGACAUGAUGACUUCCUCUGUGACAGAAAACCAAAAAGAAUCACAGACUGUAGCUGAUGUUCAACCUAAACAGGACGAGGAAACAAUGUGUCUGCAGGACACCAGCCAGUACGUGCUGAGCGAGCUGGCGGCUCUGGAGACGGAGCAGAAGCACAUCGACAGCAGGGCCGCCGUGGUGGAGCGACGGCUGAGGAGCCUCAUGGAAACGGGAAGUGACCGGGACGAAGAGGAAAGGCUGAUACAGGAGUGGUUCACUCUGGUGAACAAGAAGAACGCUCUGAUCCGCAGACAGGACCACCUGGAGCUCCUACAAGAGGAGCAAGAUCUGGAGAGAAGAUUUGACCUUCUGACCAGAGAACUACGAGUCAUGAUGGCCAUCGAAGACUGGCAGAAGUCGUCCACUCAGCAGCAGAGGGAGCAGCUGCUGCUCCAGGAGCUGGUGUCUCUGGUCAACCAGAGGGACGAGAUCAUCAGAGACAUCGACGCCAAGGAGAGAGGUGCGCUGGAGGAGGACGAGCGUCUGGAGCGAGGUUUAGAGAUGAGGAGGAGGAAAUACAGCAAUAAAGAUAAAUGUGUGCUGCAGUGAGAAGAUUUAAAAAAUACUUUCAGGACUCCCAUUUUUUAAGAGCUUUUGUUUUUCUAGAGAGAAUAACUGCAAAGAGUGUUUUUAUUAUUUUCAGUCUGUCUUAAUGUAUUAUUAAAAUUUAAAUUCUGUUGCCUUAUUAUUAUUUAUUUAAAUGUGUCAGGUUAUUGUAUAUCUAUUGCACAUUUGGUAUUUUGAGUGUCUGUGUGUUAAGUGAGUUUAUUCAGUAUUCAAACACUGGCGUUUAUCAUGUUUUUUGUGGUGAGAGGUAGAUGAAGCUCCAGACAGUCGAGACUUUAGUCUCUCCCAGUUAAAGCCAAAGCGUGCCUUCUAACUUUUAUAGAGCUUUAUGAUUGAAAUUUUUUCCGAGCGUUUUUGCUGAGGUUUAUUUUGCACCCUGAAAAAUGUUUAUUGACAAACCAGGACAUAUCAGAUAUAGGAAUAUAGUCACAUGAGCUGGACUCAAACCCUCUGUGCUGUUAAAGCAGGUUUUGUGUUU